AUGAGGUCGUUGGCGCUGCUCACCCUUCUCAUCGCCAUCAUAGCGCCGCUGGCCUCUGCGGUCAAGCUACUUGAAUCCAAUGCACUCAACGUGUGCAUGGAAAGUGGUAAUUUCACAGCAACAUACUUCAAUGUCGUCUUCUACCCCGGGAAUAAUUCCCUCUCCAUCGGAUUCGAUGGCGUCUCCCAGAUUUCAGGCAAGGUCGAGGCCGAGAUGACCUUGACAGCCUACGGAUAUAAAGCCUAUUCAGCCACGCUGGACCCAUGCCAGAUCCAAGGCAUGGGCAUGUGCCCAAUGGCUCCCGGUCCAAUUGACUUGGGCCCGGUCUCCAUCCAGCUGCCUGCGGGUACCGCCGACAAAGUUCCCGGUAUCGCCUAUACUGUGCCCGACCUGGAUGCGAACGUGCAAAUCGUCAUCAAGAAAAAAGAUACCGGCCAGAAGAUUGCGUGCGUGUCAGCCUCGCUUUCGAAUAAUAAAAGUGUCUACCAGGUGCCCGUCGCCUGGGCUACGGCCAUCAUCUCCGGCUUAGGCCUCGCGGCAUCAGCAAUCACCUCGGGCUUGGGCCACUCCAAUACCGCUGCGCACGUUGCCGCGAAUGCCCUCUCCCUCUUUGGCUUCAUGCAGGGUCAAGCGAUGAUCGGCAUGAUCUCUGUUCACAUGCCUCCUAUCGUGGAAUCAUGGACUCAGAAUUUCCAGUGGAGCAUGGGUAUCAUCCACGUCACGUUCCUCCAAAAUAUUUGCACCUGGUACCAGCGCGCGACCGGCGGCACUCCCUCAACACUCCUCUCGCAGCUGAGCACCACCUCUGUAGAGGUCCUCAAGCGCCGCAAGCGUGAGCUGAUUGAUCCUGCGCUCAAUUUGAUGAAGCGAGCCACCGGCCUUCUCAGCAAGCGAGCCAAUUCGAAUCAGCAGCUUGUGAUUGUGCGAGGAAUCAACCGUGUCGGGUUCCGUGCGAAUAUUGAGGAGACGAAUAUCUUCAUGACGGGAUUGAUCUUCUUCGUCGUCUUUGUCGCCAUUGUCGUCAUCAUUGUCACGACAUUCAAGGGAGUCUGCGAGCUACUGGCUAAACAAGGAAAAAUGAAGACCGAGAAAUUCCAAGAUUUCCGCAACGGGUGGAAGACCGUUCUUCGCGGUAUUCUCUUCCGCUUGACACUGAUCGGGUUCCCGCAAAUGACCGUUCUUUGCUUGUGGGAGUUCACUCGACGAGACUCCGCCGCUGAGGUUGUCCUGGCUGUGGUCAUGAUCGUCUCGCUGCUCCUUGCUCUUGGAUGGGCGGGUCAGAAGGUCAUUCGUCUCGCCAAGCGCUCGGUCACGAUGCAUAAGAACCCGGCCUACAUUCUGUAUUCUGACCCGGCGGCUCUGAACAAGUGGGGGUUUUUGUAUGUGCAAUAUCGUGCGACCGCAUACUACUUCGUUGUCCCGUACUUGGCCUACAUCAUGGUCAAGGGUAUGUUCAUCGGUCUCAGCCAGCCCGCUCCCGUGGUGCAGACUGUUGCCCUGUUAAUUCUCGAGGCUGCCAUGCUGGUCGCUGUCUGCGUCAUGCGCCCAUGGAUGGACAAGAAGACCAAUAUUUUCAACAUCUCCAUUGCGAGCGUCAACUUUCUCAACGCAAUCUUCCUCCUGGUGUUCUCGGAUGUGUUCAACCCUCCUGGCAUGAUGAUUGGUGUGAUGGGAGUCGUCUUCUUCGUCUAUAAUGCGGUUUUUGCCCUUGUCUUGCUUGUCCUGGUCUUGCUCGCCUCAGUCUACGCGGUCGUGUCAAAGAACCCCGACACGCGUUAUCAACCAAUGCGAGAUGAUCGGGGCUCCUUUAUCAAGUCUCAGACACAGCUGACCACUGAGUUGGACGCUCUCGGUGCAACUGCUCGGGGUGAUAUGAAGAACGGGAAUGCCUACCAGCAGAACCCAUUCGACGACGAAACGGCGUCCAUCUCCAGUGGCACUGGGGUGACGGGUCAUCAUCAAGACCACCUGAACGCCAACAAUAGCGCCCAGCAUCUGAACCGCCAUCAACCUCCACACUCUCCCGUGGACCCCUCGGUCCCUCUGUUCCCCAGCAACGGCAGUGUAUCAAAUCUCCCCAGCAGUCGCGGAUCACCUCCCGGUUACGAUCAGUAUGGUCGAUCUGCUUCACCCGCGCCAUCACGUAACUACGAGAACGCUCCAGUCGGCGCAUCAGCCCUUGCAACCAAUUACAGAGCGCAGAACAACUCCAGUCCUUGGCAAAGAGGUGCUGGCUACGACCAUUAG